AUGGGUCGUCAUGGAAAGAAUCAAACAGCUUCUGCCGUCUAUAGUUAUCAUGAAAAAAGAAAGAAUAUAGCUACAUCGGGCUAUGGGUCGAAGUCAGUUCGUUUAGGCAAAGAUUCUCUCCAAGACUUUGAUUGUUGUGCUCUUUCACUACAACCAUGUCGUCAACCUGUUGUGACACCUCAAGGAUAUUUGUUUGAAAGAGAGGCAAUUUUAGAAUCAUUGCUACAUCAAAAGAGAGAAAAUGCUCGUAAAAUGAAAGAAUACGAAAAACAACGCAAAAAGCGUGAGACUGAGUUAGAAGAGCUGGCCAAAGCAGAAGCGAGAGAUCGUUUAGAAAAGUUUGUAUCAUCAG